AUGUCAAAAACCUGCCCAGAGCUGCUGAGAGAAGCAGCGAAUUUGAUUGAGGAAGCUCUGAGCAGAACUCCUCCGGCUCCGGCUCAGUCACAGCAGAUACCUGCUGCUCCAUCACGUAACGUUACACCUGUCCAAGCUGAUGUAGCAAGGCUCUUUGCGCCGUAUAACGGUGGAGCCAGAAGGAACAUGCCGAGACGACCAGCACAAGUCCAAGUUAGUCGUAGAAGCUACACACACACUGUCUGUUGUUUGGCUGACCACAAGGCGAAUAAAGUUCCAGGUGUGCUGCUUAAAGCAGACCUCCUUACUUCCGGGCUUGGAGAGCAAAAAGUGACAUUUUCAGGGAAUGACAACGAUCCCAUGGUUAUAACAAAUAAACUGAUGGAAGUGUUUCCGAAGCUCAAAGAAGGGGGAGGCUUUGAAUUUCUAAAAAUUGCAGGAUCUACUCGUAGCCGAAAUCUUGUGCUGCUUGCGUGUCCCAGCACUGGAUACACCCUUGCCUAUCUGAAAGAUCCAUCGACGAUGAUUGGACAGGCUACAAUCUACAUACGUCCACUUCAACAGGAUCUACCCAUAGAUUGUGAGAGCUCACAAACUGCCUCUGGUCCAGUCAUCCCCUGCAUCACCUGUCAGAAGGAAGUUCCCUUUGCAGAGAUGAAGCUGCACAGAUUGAGCUGCAAUGGGACACCCAUACAGGAAUUGGAGAGAGGACAAGAGGGAGGCCGAAGUGAAAAUGAUAGAGAGACAGCCCCAGUCAGUGACAGUGUUCCAGUGAGGCCUGGAACAUCAGCUGAGAAUGCAGUUGUACCAGCAGUGACUGACAAGGACUUGGAUCACAAAGAAACAGACAGUGAAUGGAAGCUUAUCAAAGAACCAGCUCAAGCUGCCAAGGUUUUCAAAGAGAAUCUGCUAAGGGAACAUGCAUCUGGGAAACCACUGAGAAUGAAAAUGGAUGUAAGGGACUCUGAAGAGGACAGGGAACGGAACUUCUCUCAUUCUAUAAACAGCCGCAAGAAUGGGCAUGUCCACUUCACUGUACUCUUCUUGUUGGGUUGA